UUGCUGAAAUUUUUUGUCAGUGCUCGUGCAAAAUUUCUAAGCAGUGACAAGUAGAAAACCCGCGCCGUGCACAGUUGUAGGUUUGCAGAUUCCAACGCUUUAUGAAUACAAACCGUCUGCAUUCCGUCUCUUGAUCUGCUAGCCGCUGACAGAAGCUCUGUCCAACACCAUCAUGAUUUCUAAACGGGCGAUCGACUGUUUCUCUAUGGCGGCGUUCAUCCUGUGCAUGACGAGCAGGGUCAUUUUCACCGUGGCCGCUGACAAAGCCGCAGCGUCCUUCGAAGACCAACCCAUUCUGGAAACCGAGUGCAACCCACCUCCACCCCUGGACGCGCCCGCCCCGCCCACCGCCGCUUCUUGGGCACAUUUACGCAGCGAUGUGAUCCAUGAAAAGGACUGCCCCGAAAUCACCGGGUGUAGUACCAGCUGUUCCUUCCCAGCGGGGUUUCGAAAGAUGCAGGACAGCACCUACAUCAACCUCCGCUGCUUCCACAACCGCUCCCAGACCCUCACCGCAGUCAGCCAGGUUCUCCGCAACCACCCCGACCGCGCCAUCACUCUAAUGCUGGCUGUUAAUGACUUCCGCAUGGACUCCCUGCACCCGGACGUCUUGCAGCCCCUCCAGCGUAACCUCCUGGACUUGGAGGUCCUCUACGUGGCCAGCGACGCCACGGAGCGACUGUACAAGACCGGGACGCUGUCCAACCUGGUCGGCAUAACAUUCUCCAUGGGACUGGACCUCAUUAUUGGUCGGCGCGACUUCUCUCGGCUGCCGCAGAUCCGGCAGAUCAUCUUCGACCAACUGACCAUCGCCUCCAUCGAGCCCUACACCUUCACCGACCUCCCGUUGUUGGGGGCGCUGCAGCUGGAGACCGGGCUGGACUAUAUGCUUCGCAGGGAGCUGCGGCUCAAUAUUUACGGAGCGACCAAAUAUGGACAAUCGCCGCAGCGGGAGAAGAUUCUGGAACAGCUGUUCGAGCGGCACUGCAGGUGUAACUAUACCUGGCUGCGCAACAUGUACCGGCGUCGGCCGGAGCUGCUCAGUCGGCGCAGCGACGGGGAACUGGCCGUCAUUGGCAACUACUACCCCCGCGACCACCGCCUUCCACUCGACCAAGGCAUCCUUUUGGUGGACUGCGGUCCCGGUUAUAACGCCAGCACGUUCUUCGAAAAGGGCACCGGUGGGGCGCUGGACCACCUGCCGGCACACUGGUUCUCGGUCAAUACGACCUGCCACGUUCCUCCCUGCCUCAUUUGCAAAAAUGACAGCACAAGUUGAGCUGGAAGGAAGCACUCCGCAAGGUCAGCAAGUCAGAUCGGCAACUCCGCCAAAGACCGCUAAAUGUAUCAUGUGGCCACCGUGCAUGACGCAGCAUAUACUGUCUAAGCCGUUCUGACUGCCUGUUCUGACCGGCUUGCCAUGAGCGUAACAUGACUAUACACACUCUGCAUUCUACUAAUGAACUUGCUUGUAGUUCUGCUUCUUCCGUUCUUACGGGACGACGUGCUAAUAAAUUAGGCCGGCCAUCUGACCGCACAGUAAACUGGUGUUUCUCG